AUGCAAAGGAUUGGUUGGUUUGAUGCAUUUCGAGAAAAUGGUGAUCCAACUUGGUUUGGUGAAAAUAGAACACCAGUAAUAUUCGAUAUACAAAUUUCUGCAUUAGCAUCGAUAUUUAUCAUACCAUUUCUAGCAUUUCUAAUUAUUCUGCCCGGUGUGCGACACUAUCGAAUUGCAUCAACGAUUGCAUUCGUUCUUAGUGUUACUGUUGGCGCAAUUAUUUUAA